AUGGAAGAAAAGGCAAAAGACAGUCCCUGCUCUCAACGAGCUCACAAUCAAAGGAGGAAGACACCUCAGCGGAGCAAACUGAUCCUGACAGGGCAACGGAGGGUGAGAAAGAUGGUGAAGGUCUGGGGUGGGAGAGAUAGAUUAAGGACUCCCAGAGAGCAGAGGGAACAGGAUGUUAAGACAGCAGGAACUGACAGCCGGUGGGAGUUCCCAGGAAUACGCACGCGCAUGCGCACGCGCGUCCCGAGCACAGGCAGAGGAAAGACAUCUCCCCUAGAGGCGGCAGAGCUUCCGGCUUCCGCAGGAAGAGGGCUUGGGGACACAAUAAAGGACGGACUGGCAGCUUGUUCGGGCGGUCGGCUUCACUGCUGCUGCCCUUGCCGGACACCAUGCUCAUUUCGUGAGAUCUCGGGACAUCGACCUGCCCCUUGCGUGUGUUCGCAUCUCCGUGAACUUGAUCCCGCGAUCACUGUCACCUUGCGUCAUGGACCCUGGUCCUUGCAGGGGCCUCUGAUCCACCCUGGACGUCAGUGCCGAGUAACACGCCUCCACACACAUCCCAAAUUGCUUGGCUCCCCAUUAUCUUUAAGGAGGAAAAUGAACAUAGGAAUAAUACUGAAGUUGGAAAAUCUGAUGCUGUUUCCCAGCGCUUACAGGCAGCUGCAUAUUCUGUGUCGAAGAAGAGUUUGUUUGGUACAAUGGAAGCUUGUGCCCUCCUUCACUUACCCUGUGCAUACUACCCUGUGUGUACCACAAUCCUGGCAAACAGACACGUUCAUCAAUGUUGCUUUAUCACCGUGUAGGCUUUUAAGUUUAAAGAAGGGAGAAAGACCACAGAAAUCUAAGUUACCUUGGAAGAACUCUAAAAAGGAACAGCAGGAGGUAGAGGUAUGGAAUGGAAUGAGUGUUGAAGACCUUGCCAGAUCUAUGAAUAAAGACAUAGAUCAUGUAUAUGAGGCCCUGUUGAACACUUCUCUUGACAUUGACUUACUUGAGCCUGAGUCACCCCUAGAUGAUGUUUGGAUUAAGGAAGUUUUAAAAAAAUCGGGGAAGAAGUACAAAAGAGCCCGACUAAAACAAGAUAAAGUCAGAGAAAACAAAGAUGCUGUGAGAAGGCCUGAGGCAGAUCCAGCUUUCUUAAUCCCAAGGUUCCCAGUUGUUACCAUAAUGGGUCAUGUUGAUCAUGGGAAAACAACUUUACUUGACAAACUGCGAAAAACUCAAGUAGCAGCAAUGGAAGCUGGAGGCAUAACUCAACAUAUUGGUGCCUUUCUUGUUUCUCUACCUUCUGGGGAAAAGAUAACAUUUCUUGAUACUCCAGGACAUGCUGCCUUUUCAGCAAUGAGGUCCAGGGGUGCUUACCUCACUGAUAUUAUCAUCUUAGUUGUGGCAGCAGAAGAUGGAGUAAUGAAACAAACUGUGGAAUCUAUUCAGCAUGCCCAGAAUGCUCAAGUUCCAAUCAUUCUUGCUGUAAACAAGUGUGACAAACCAGAAGCAGAUCCUGAAAGGGUAAAGAAAGAAUUGUUGACUUAUGAUGUGGUUUGUGAAGAGUAUGGGGGUGAUGUUCAGGCAGUACAUAUCUCUGCACUUAAGGGUGACAAUCUGAUGGCUCUGGCAGAGGCAACAGUUGCUCUUGCAGAGAUGUUGGAGCUGAAAGGAGAUCCCACUGGUCUUGUGGAAGCAAUAGUGGUAGAGUCUCGAACAGAUAAAGGAAAAGGUCCAGUAACUACAGCUAUAAUUAAAAGAGGAACUUUGAGAAAGGGUGCAGUUCUGGUCGCUGGAAAGAGUUGGGCAAAAGUCCGUUUGCUGUUUGAUGAGAAUGGAAAAACAAUCAGUGAUGCUUGUCCCAGCAUGCCAGUGGAAAUUAUAGGUUGGAAGGACCUUCCUUCUGCGGGAGAUGAAAUUCUUGAAGUAGAAUCUGAGCAAAGAGCACGUGAAGUUGUUGAUUGGAGGAAAUAUGUUGAAGAACAGGAGAAAAUGAAAGAAGAUUUUAAAGUGAUUGAAACAAAACGAAAAGAACACCAAGAUUCACAUCGUAGAGCCCGGGAGAAGUUAGGAUCUCUGAAAUGGAAAGAGAGAGGAUAUAUAAAAUAUCAAGAAAUUAAAAAACUACAAAAUGUAAAACCUAAAGAGAAAACAGAAGAUUUGAACACUCUUCCUAUAAUUAUUAAAGGUGAUGUAGAUGGUUCGGUUGAGGCUAUUUUGAACGUUAUCGAUACCUAUGAUGCUACAGAUGAAUGUAAACUGGAGUUACUACAUUUUGGAGUAGGUGAUAUUAAUGAAAAUGACAUUAACCUUGCUGAAACAUUUAAGGGUGUUGUAUAUGGCUUCAGUGUGAACGCAAGCAAAGUUAUCCAGCAGUUAGCUGUGAAAAAAGGAGUCAGAAUUAAAUUUCACAACGUUAUCUACCGACUUAUUGAAGACUUGCAGGAAGAACUGAGCAGUAAACUCACUCCCUCUGUGGAAGAAAAUGUAAUAGGUGAAGCAUCUGUACUGGCUACCUUCUCUGUAACAGUAGGAAAAAAACAAGUUCCUGUAGCUGGCUGCAGAGUCCAAAAGGGACAAUUAGAAAAAAAGAUGAAAUUUAAAUUAAUUCGUAAUGGAUGUGUUAUUUGGAAAGGAUUGUUAACUUCACUCAAGCAUCAUAAAGAUGAUGUUUCAGUCAUAAAAACUGGCAUGGACUGUGGUCUAACUUUGGAUGAAGCAAAAAUUGAGUUUAAGACUGGAGAUGAAAUUAUUUGCUUUGAAGAGAAAGAAGUUUUACAGAAGACUUCUUGGGAUCCAGGAUUUUGAACUGUUACAUUAAAAAAAAAUGUAACUGAA